AUGUCGUCUUCCGAUGGAGCCCCGGAGUCAUGGAUCUCAUCAUUUUGUUCGCUUAUGGGCCAUGAGUACUUCGCCGAGGUGUCGGAGGAUUUUAUUGAGGACGAUUUCAACUUGACAGGCCUGCAGUCUCAAGUGCCCAUGUACAAAGAAGCGUUGGAAAUGAUUCUUGAUGUUGAGCCCGAGGAUGAUGAGGAGGAGGAAGAGGAAGAGGAAGAAGAGGACGACGAUGAUGAGCUAUUGGGCGAUGAGAAAACGCUGGGCUACCGUCGAGCAGGUGAUCGGAGACAUAUGCGGGUGGCUAGUGAUCUCAGUAUGAUAGAGAGCUCGGCAGAGUUGUUGUAUGGAUUAAUUCAUCAACGAUACAUCACAUCACGGCCUGGGAUUCAGCAAAUGCUUGAAAAAUAUGAAGUUCAUCAUUUCGGAGUCUGCCCGCGCGUGAAUUGUUACGGAUGCAAGGUUCUUCCCGUCGGUCGCACCGAUACUCCUGGUCAGGAGACUGUCAAAUUGUUCUGUCCUAGCUGUUACGAUAUCUACACCCCGCCAAACAGUCGAUUUCAAUCGGUAGAUGGAGCUUUCUUCGGAACGACAUUUGGAUGUUUGUUUUUCAUGACAUUUCCAGAGCUGGAUGUUGGAGGCCGUGCAGAGAGCAUUUUGUCAUCUGCUUCGCUAGCCGCUGACCAACCACCACUGGCCAAUCAACCGGCUCAAAUCAACGGUAUAUUGUCGUCUAAUUUCGCCCCGGGUGUAGGCUUCGGCAAAAUCUAUGAACCUCGUAUUUAUGGAUUCCGAGUAUCAGAGCGCGCCAAGUCCGGCCCGCGAAUGCAAUGGUUACGCAUGAAACCCAGAGAUAUCAACGAACUGGACGAAUCAGCAAUAUAUCAAGCUGCGCACGGAAUUGAUGACGAGGGAGGAUAUGAAGAGGGAGAUACUGAAAUGGGAUCGACAACGGCAGCUGCAUCUCAACAAACUGCAAUUGGAAUGAGGAGGAAAGCACCUAUGAGGAAGCGCAGGCAUGUACCUCCCAGCACUUCGACGACUAAGAAUGGAGAAGGUGGUUAA